AUGUGGUUUUUCAGGAGAAGGCUUCCUAAUUCCCAGAGCCUCAUUUGGCUCAUUGUUUUAACACACUUUUGCAUCUUCAUUGCUAAUUUCAGCUCCUUGUCUGGCUUGUCAAAGACAAGGAUUUUCAGGCAAUUGAGCAUUUUGCAAUGUGCCCCAGAUACGCUGCAAGUGGACACCCAAAAGCAACAGGGUUUAAACUAUUCUGAUAAUGGGAACUCAAGGAGCUUUUUAAAGGUGAAUUUGGGGAGAGAAAUCACAAGGCUCGAACGAGAUACGGUUGAGAGGACACCAAGAUGGGAAGGAAAGAAGGAGCAGAACAAAAUGACAAAACCAGUUGCCAGGGUGGAAGAAGCCAAGGAGAACCUGACUGUGAAACCACCCCCCGGAUUGGAGGGAAUCAAGAAGACAACAGUGAAAACAGAAAAAAUAGCCCCAGGGGUGGAAGAAGCCAAGGAAAAGACAACAGUGAAACCGCUUCCCAGGGUGGAGGAAGCCAAGGAGAAGGCAACAAUGAAACCAUCCUCUGGGGUGAAGGGAGCUCAUGAAAACAACAUCUCCAAAGACCAAACAAAGCCAAAAGAGCCUCCUGCAUCAAUGAAAACUGUAAGACCUGUUCCUCAGGCUGCUGCAGUGACAGAAAAGAAGAAACUGAAGGCUGCUGACUUCAAGUCUGAGCCGCAGUGGGAUUUUGAGGACAAGUACCUGCUGGACAUCUCAUCUCCACUAUCGACCCGCUCUGAAUCAGUGAAGGGCAAAGCUGCCAAGUCUGACUGGCUGCAAGAUCUUUUCCUGCCCAACAUCAUGCUCUUCACAGACAAGAGAUACUUAAAUGACAGUGAGUGGGACCGCCUGGAGCAUUUUGCACCUCCGUAUGGCUUCAUGGAGCUGAAUUAUUCACAUGAGUCCUUCAGAGCAUUGGUGGAGGAGGUCAUGUCCCUGCUGCCCCCGAAUCCCCACCAGCAGCUGCUCCUGGCCAACAGCAGCAUGCCAACAUGCAUCAGCUGUGCUGGUGGGAAUGGAGGAAUACUGAAUAACUCUGGGAUGGGCCAGGAGAUCGACUCCCAUGACUAUGUCUUCUGGGUGAGCAGGGCUGUAACCAAAGGUUACGAAAAAGGUGUGGGACCAAAAACCUCCUCUUAUGGAUUCACAGCCUACUCCCUGGUGUCCUCUCUCCAGAUCUUGGGACACAGAGGGUUCAGCAACAUCCCACAGGGAAAAGAUGUCAGGUACAUUCACUUCCUGGAGGGAGCUAGAGACUAUGAGUGGCUGAAGGCUCUUCUGUCGAAUAAGAACAUCAGGGAAGGAUUCUUGAACCACUACGGGCAGAGGCCCCGGGAGAGAUUCGAUGAAGAUUUCGCAAUGGACAAGUACCUGGUGGUUCACCCUGAUUUCCUCAGAUACAUGAAAAACAGGUUUUUAAAAUCUAAAAGUCUGGAAAAGCCCUACUGGCGGCUGUACAGACCCACAACAGGGGCCUUCCUGCUGCUGACUGCCCUCCACCUCUGUGACCGGGAAAGGGUGAGUGCCUAUGGCUACAUCACAGAGGGUCAUGAGAAGUAUUCGGAUCACUACUACGACAAGGACUGGCAACGUCUGAUUUUCUACACUAACCACGACUUCAGCCUGGAGAAGCAGGUAUGGAAAAAGCUUCACGAUGAGAAUAUCAUGAAGCUUUACCAGAGAUCCUGAUUGUGUGGCAAGGGCCAUUGCCUGGGAAAUCUCAACAACACCUCACUGGGAACGGAAGAGGACCACCAGAGCCAAGGUUAGCUCUGUAAUUCCAGGCACAUUUCAUCCCCACAAAGAUAUUUCCCUCCUUCAGCACCGCUGUUCUCUCACAAUGUUUCUACAAAUGUGCAAAUGCUACAG